CAUGCAAAGUGAAAAUGUACUUCGGAUUACCUCGGGAUUCCCAAGCAAAAUAAUGGCUGCGCCCUUAGGAGUGUUGUCGUUCCCCUUAGUUUUGGAUCCACAUACUAUCCCAAACAAGGACAAGAAAGUGGUGGUGAUCUCUAUCGUAGGGAAGAGUGAGCUCAGCGGGUUUGCCUCCAAAGCCUCCAUACUCAACCCACUGUUAGAGAAAGAUGUCUUCAAGUUUGUGCCAGAGAUACAGAAAGGACUCUCAGUCUCAGACCAGGGAGAUGUUGAAUGUUACUAUGACAACGAGGGUCAGGCUGUAUACCUCCAUCAUCGCAGUCUUUAUGACGUCCACCGACUAGCCAACUUGUGUCAGAAACUGAUCAAAGAAGAGUCCACACAGGACCUGUUCUCACUAUGGCAGAAGGAUGAGUACAGAACCACCAAAACUUUACUGUGGAUGUUCAGUGUAUCUCACAUUGUCAUGCUGUCUCAUCCAGGGUCAUCGUUUGACAUCAGCUACGUCCGGAUGUUUAGAACCCUCGACACUAUCAGACUGAAGUUACAGCACUGCGUGACAGAACAGUUACAGGGCUUACCUGUAUCCAAGGACUGGUACCACUCGGCAAGACCAUGUUCCCCGCGAGUCUUGUUUGUCUUCAACAAGUCGGGCAACCCUGAGCCGAUGUCUGAAGAUACUGACACCGGAACCAUCAGUAAGAAAAAUCCCCAAGCUCGUAAACCCCAGCACAGUAUGGAGGAUCAAAUAUACCGCAUCCUGCGCAAGUCUCGGGUCAUCACCAACAUAAGUAACAAUUCGCUGUUUGCUGUACCAGCUAACCAGGAAUUCGUGUUCCUCCAUGGCCACCAGCCAGAGGUGACAGAUCCCAUCCAGCUAUACUUACAGCAGCUCAGGAGCAACAGCACACUCAACAAAGACUCAGAUUCUCCCAGAAGCCAGAGUUAUCAGGCCAAUAGGAGAUCAGCACAGUCUGGUUUUCUGGACACAAGGUCACCGUCACGGACACAGAGGUCAGGCAGCUCCUCCAACUUUAAAGAGUUCCUAUCGCAGCACAUAGAGACAGCACUGGGACGUGGCUUUGAUGACAAUGUGGGGCGGAAUCCCGUCCCACCUAUCUUUGAAGUGCCGACAUGCCAGACCUGGUUUUCUGUGUCCUCUAAGUUAUACAACUUCUUCUUUGGGGAUACUGUCAAUGGCAAGGCACACGCCACCUUCAACACACUCAAGAGUCUACUGGAGACGGAUAUCCGCUUCUCCGAGAAUCGCUGUAACAAGGUUCUGCCCCUGGCUGAGGCCGCGUACCAGGAGGGACUUCCCACUCAUUAUAUCACAAACUUUCACCUGACCAAGCUAGCCCAGGCCCAUCGUGUGUUUUAUCAGUUUGCCCGAGGCCCUGCUUGUGAGAAGUACCUAAAACAGCUGGAGGCUGCAUGUGAGAAAUACUGGAAAAAUGGCCACCAGCUUUGUGAGGAAGUCAGCCUCACUGGGAACCACUGUGUCAAUCCAUUACACCGCCUCCUCCACCAGGAAGCAGAGACAGAGGAGAGUGCCCACCUACCUGUAAUGUCACACUCCAGCCAGAUGAAGACCAAGGCAGUGUGUAACUGUGGCCGUAAACAGGCAGACAAGGAUGACCCGUUUGACCACAAGGCGGCCAACUUUGACUUUUACGACGCCCUGGAGAAGGUUUGUUGUGAAGAACUGGAGCAUAUUGAAAUGCCGGUAUUCCAACCCAGUACCACAGAAGUACGAGCCGGUCAGCUCCUCACUACGCCCGACAGUAAAACUGUAAACAAGGACACCGGAGUAAAGCAGGACAUCAGCUCUGGACUGACCAACCUUAGUCUGGCUCUCAGUCUAGGUCAGUCUGGUGCCAGUGAUUACUUCGUUCAUCCUGAGGGGACAGAAGGAGGCAGUCUUACCACGGAGGACCAGCCAUCUAAAACCCCCGACAACCUGGAGGAACAGCCAUCUAAAAACCCCGACAACCUGGAGGAACAGCCAUCUAAAAACCCUGACAACCUGGAGGAGACUUCGAAGGGAGGGGAGAUAAGUGGAAACCAAGAGGUGACAACUCAGCCUGGGGAUACAGGUACAGGUGUUGAUGUGAAGGACACUGAGAUAGGUGAUCAUCCAGGGGAGACAAUCCAGCAGAGUGAGGAGGUAGAACUAAGGGAGACAACUGUUGCUCCACAAGAUUAUCUGGCAGACUUAGGGAGCGAUCAUAUUGACCACACAUCUGACCCUAUUGGAGAUCUUCCCACCUGUACUGUGGCCGAGGUGAAAGACGGGCCUAUCUCCAUGUCAGAGUCAGACCUGAUAGCCCUGAGACAACACUCCACCACAGAGUACCUACCCGGUAUGCUACAUUCCGAGUCACCUCUCGGCUUGCUUCCAAAAUACCCCUCCUGGGCCCUCACCUGUCUCGGCAAGGGUACUCUGUACUCCCACACCCUAGGUUUAGAUUUACCUGGUUUCCUACAUGGCAGCAACUACCUCCUACCCUGGGACAUCACUGCCAAGAUUGAGAAGGAAAAAUGGCCGUCUGUUGGAGAGAUGGCAUCAAGGAAGGGCAAGCAGAAGAAGAUCAGUCCUAAAGAUGUUGGCGAGUUGAGUGUCCGUGUGUAUCUGGGAGAUGAGUAUGAAUGCCCACGUGGCCAUAGAUUUUUCUGCAGCGGCCCAGAGAAAAUCAUCAAGGUCUCCAACACAAGUACUGUCAAGGACAACGCCACAAAGCUAGUAAACCUGGAUAUGCCUUUGUAUUGCUCCUGUCCCCACUGUAGGAGUUCGAAGGGCUACAUGGCCCAGCUGAUGCGUCUGUACAUCGUGACACCCGACAGCCCCCUGAGGAUCACCCUUUGCCCCCAGAUACAACCAGCACCCCCACCCUGCCCUCUGUUUGGACUCGGAAUAGAAGGACCUGUGGAACUACAGCCUGGCGGACUCUGGUGUCUGCGAAUACCACAUGUGUACCUUGGUGAUACCGGGCCAUAUACCAUGCCCUCUGACCCCCAGAGUCUACAGCAUUGUCACAUGCUGAAAGGUGUGUACAGCUACAAAAUUUCCUCUGCAGACUCCUGAAGGACUUCUCACCAUUGA